AUGAAGUCCAAUAAAAAGUAGUAGAAAAGAUAAUAAGAAAGGCAUGACGACCCAGAUUUAGAGCCCUUGAACAAAAAAAACGAUGAAUAAGUUAUAGAAACUGAUGAGGGCGUAAUUAAGAAUCGCAGUUCAUAAAAAGAAGAAAAAAAGAGCUACUAAUCAAAUUAGAGUGAUGGAAGUAGAAUAUAAAAAAGAUAAUCUCAAGAUCAAGAAAAUUGGAGUGAUGAUUCAGCAGAAGAAGCUAAUUAAAUUGAUGACUUGAAACAUGAAGAAAAGGCUGAUGUUUGGAAUGCAACUAUAAAUAUGGUUAAGGGAUUUGUUGGAAUCGGUAUUUUAGCACUACCUUCAGGUUUUGCUAAGAGUGGUUGGUUGGGAGGAUUAAUAAUUUUUUUGCUUUGCGCUGGAAUGGUUCUUUAUUUAAGUUUAUAGAUGAUGGAUGCAGCAAACAAAAGAAAAUCUUAAGCUAGAGGUGUUACCUAAUUCAGUGUUGAAGUUUUGGGAUAAGAAAAAGAAUUAUUAGUUAAUAUAUUUUUAUUUGGAAUCUAAAUUGGAAUUUGUGUUGCCUAUGUUAUUUUCUUCACUACUUAUUUUUAAGAGAGUCUUUGUUUCUUUGUAGAUUAUGAUCGUACAACUAAUGUAUGUGGUUCAAGAGUUCCUUCGUUACUCAUUUCACUUAUAAUCGUUACUCCUACAAUAUUUAUCAGACACAUGAGUAAACUUAAAACUUGGAGCAUGUUUUCAAAUAGUUUAAUUCUUAUUAGUAUGCUUGUAGUAUUUAUUUCUUGCUUUUUUAAAAUGGACACUUCUUACAUUACUAGUGACAAAAUUUCAGCUAUCAGAUGGGGAGAAAUGGGUAGUGCAAUAGGUUUAUUUGUGUUUGCAUUUGAAGGAACCACUCUUUAUUUUGAAAUUAGGAGUUCUAUGCAAGAACCAACUGAGUUCAAAAAGGUUCUUAAUUAUUCUCUUUAUAUUGGUAUUGCUCUUUAUGGGUGCAUUGGUUUGAGUGGAUAUUUAGCUUUUGGAUCAGGUGUUAGAGACAUCAUACUUUUUAAUUUCCCUAUGACUAAUCCCUUGUAUGUUUUUAUUUAAAUCUUUUACUGUAUAGCAAUAUUGUUAUCCUAUCCUCUUCAGAUGUUCCCUUUAGUCAAUAUCUUAGAAUAAAAAUUAUUAGAAAGGAUAGUCAAUGAAAAGAAUAAAUAAAAAACAAAUAGCUAGCCCUAAAAAAAGUCAUAGCAAGGUGUAGAUUAAAGCCAACAUCAUAAUUAAGGUAAUCAGCAAGCAGACGAUAGAUAAGAUAACUAGGAAUCUGAUGCAUCAGAAGGAAAUGCAUUGAACUUAUUAACAUAAUAUGAUGAUGAAAUAAAAAAUUCAUUUUACUAAUAAAGCAUGAUAUUAAGAGUAGCUUCUCUUUUAUUCAUAUUCUUUUUUGCAAUCGUCUUUAAAAGACUAACUGUCUUUUUAAAUUUAAUUGGUUCUAUUGGUGGUUGCUUUUUUGCAUUUAUUUUACCAGUCAUUGUCUAUGAGUAUUCUAUGCCAGAAGCUUCACAAAAAAAAAUAUACUUUCACAGAGGCUUACUUGUACUAGGUGUUAUUUUUUCCUUCUUUGGUACUCUUUCUAGUUUAAGAGAUAUCUAUAGAUCGUUAUGA